CAACCUUUGCCGAUCCCAACGAUACACUGCACAUAUAAAGCAGUGAAUUGAUCCUCAGUCGUCUCUAAUCCCAUCAAUCUAUCACGGAACUACCACAGAACUAUCAGCACUCAACUUCACAACCCCCAAAUCAACCACAAUGGACAAACUCUCCGGACUCGCAUCCAAGCUCGGCGGCAGCCACGGCAGCAGCGGCAGCAGCAACAACAACAACAACCAGGAAGACUACGUCGAUAAGGGCGUCGACAAUAUCGAGAGCCGAUUCGGCGCCGACCCCCAGAAGCUGCGCUCCACCAACGAGAAGGCCACCGACUUUGCGCGCAACAAGUUCGAAAGCUCCACCGGCCGCAACGUCCCCGACAAGAUCUCCAACUAGAAGCUCUGCAUGAUGUCGAUGAUGUCGAUGAUGAUAACCUUAUGACGACGCGGAUUGCGCUUGUAUGAUACACCUAUGAUAGGAUAGGGCCUGCCCUACGAUAAUCGCUCCUUGAAUGGACAACCAUAAUAUGAUUUUGGAUUGA